UCUCACUCACUCCCCCCAAGUAUUGUUCCUUGAAACUAAACUCCUUGCCUCCGGCUUUGACUCAUGUCGCUUCAACACAUCCUACAAAUACCGUCCACUGCAUACCGAGAUUCCCUGCCUUUGCAAUAGCUGCAAUUUAUUGCUAUUGCCGGCCUUCCCGCCCUGUGCGCAAGUCGGUGUAGUCCCGCCAGCACAUAGCUGCAGCCUCGCAGCGGCCUUUCUGCUACAUUUCUUUACUAGACCCAGUUCUAGCCCUUAAUAUCUGACCAUCGUCUGGAAAAAUGCACGAUUUACGGCGUCAGGCUCUCGAGAGCGGCAAGACCGUGUCCCGCAAAGCGCGCUCACGGAAUGCCUCGGUGCCGUCAUCCAAAGCAAAUUCGACACUUAAUUCCCCGGCUCAGUCCAGGGCCAACUCCCGGAACCCAAGCCGACAUGGGUCCGACGAUGAGGAGUACCUUAGCGACGGCACAGCCUGGAGCACCAACUCUAUCGAUGAUAUUCUCAACAGCGAGGAUGUCGACCUGGCGCCAGACGUGUGGAAGUCGGAGUUGAACGUUCGCGUCGAGCAGAUGGUCGAUCGCAAGCGCAGCAGCACUGAAGGACGCGCCGACAGCCUGGCCGGGUUCACCCACAUUCUCAUGGCUAAGUAUGCGAAGGACGAAGUCGAUGGCCGCAUGAGCGAGCUUUUGCCGUCGAUGCUCCGGAGCAUAAAGUCAGAGACCAGCGAGCGCGAGACGGUCGCCGCCCUGAAAGCACUCGCCGUGACAAUCGUCACCUUGGACUCUGACGACAUUUACGACUCAGUAGCCGACCUCCUGAAGCGCACCAUCUCAGACUCCGAGUCCAUCCAAACCAAGAUCAGUGCCAUCCACGCCCUUGGCAUUGCUACCUUCUUCGGCGGAUCUUCCGAAGAAGAGACCGAAGACAACAUGGCGUUCCUGCUCGAGAUUAUCGAGUCAGAUGGCCUCUCGAUCGAUGCUCACGACGAAGGCUCUGUGGUCGUCGCUGCCCUUGAGGAAUGGGGCCUGCUUGCAACCGAGGUCGAGGAUCUGGAGGACGCUACGGAAGCGGCCAUUGAAGCCUUUGUCGACCAGCUUCAGAGCUCCGACGCCGGUGUUCAGAUUGCUGCCGGGGAGAACAUUGCCCUUCUUUAUGAGAAGUCGUACACGCCUCUUGAGGACGAUGAGGAAAUUUCUGAAGGGGAUAUCGAUUCCGAAGACGAUGAUGAACGACGCAACAGAGACAAGAUGGUGAAGCGCUACACUGUCUACCGAAGGCAAGACCAGCUCCUGCGCGCUCUGGAUGAGCUCGCCACCGUCUCGACCCGCAAGAUCUCGAAGAAGGAUAAGAAGACCUUACAUUCGUCAUUCGCCGAUAUCCGAAAUUCUGUCGAAAAGCCAACUCGUGGUCCCAAGUAUUCGACGGCGCUUGACCAGGAGACUGGAAGGACCUACGGCGGUGGUAGGAUGAAGGUCAAGAUCAAUCGCAACGUGGAGGUUCGGAUCGACAAGUGGUGGAAGCUGCAGAGGCUGAACGCGCUUAGGAGGGUCUUGCAAGGGGGAUUUGUCCAUCAAUAUGACGAGAACGAGGCUGUCUCCCGUUGCUUGCCCUUCUCCGUGGCAACCAAGCGCUGAGAAGCCUAUUGUAGUGGGACAUGUUGAGGACCCUUCGGUUUUGGUUUUGUUGGGAUCGGGUUUGUGGCAUGGCUUGUGAAUCUUUCUUUCAUAAUCUCCUUCUUCUGCAUCAAAUACCCCUACACACAUCGCAUCAUUGUCCGGACAGGCUUUCACGUAGGACAGGAAUUGGAAUAGAAACCGCUCGCAUAGAUCUUGAUCUUUUUGCAUAUCGACACUUCUCGUGGAACAUGAACAGGGAGGGUUGACGUAA